AUUGCCAAGUGCCUGAAUUCUGAUCCCGUGACUCUAGGGAUGCUACAACGGUCGUAAAUGUGAAAAACAUUCAACAGGUCAUUUUUUUCAAUGUCGUAACUUUGAGCGGUCGCUAAAUUAACUGUUGUGAGUCCAGGAAUACUUGUACGCUUUCAAUAUGAGGGGAGGAAAUCCUCUCAGGUGCCAAUUACUCUUACAGGCAAUCCUCGACUUAACAACAGAUCAUUUCGUGUCCGUUCAAAGUUACUACGCCACUGAAAAAAGUGUCUUAACGAACAUCUUUCACACCUACGAACAUUGCAGCAACCUCAUGGUCCACGUGAUCAAAAUUUGGCCGCUUGGCAACUGACAUGUUUAUGACGGUUGCAGUGUUCCGGGGUCACAUGAUCCCUUUUGUAACCUGAACAUGCAAAGUCAACGGGGAAGACAGCUUUACUUAACCGUGCUACUAAUUUAACAACUGCAGUGAUUCACUUAAAGCAACUGUGGCAAGAAAAGUCGUAAAAGUGGGGCAAUUUAAGUUCUCACUUAUCAACAUAAGUUUUGGGCUCAAUUGCGGUCAUAAGUCCAGGACUACCUAUAUACUCUUCUUUAAACUCUGAAAACCUGAGCUUGUGCUGUCCCCGCACGAUAAGUUACAUCUGUGGCAGCUUCUGUUAUAAUAAUAAACUUUUAUAAACUUUUUUAUUGUCAUUGUAUGUGUAUACACAGUAUACACAUACAACGAAAUUUACGUGACACCCAAAGACCAGGUCCCACACACAUAAUCCCCAAACACACUCCCACCCACCACAAUUCCCCACCCCUAAAACCGCCCAAACAUCUACCCAACAGACCACGUAAUACUGUCCAACAGUUCACUGAUGGUGGCCCUUUAGUUCAUUAUUAAGUGCAAUUAUAGUUUAUAGGAAGAAAUUGUCCUUACUGCCCCACUGUAAGAUUUCUCAAGCCUUUCAUGGAUCUCUUGGUUGGAAAUGAUGGAUGUGAAGGGUGGGUGGGAGUGGCAGAUGUGUUGCCUAAUUGAGUUAACUAGGUCAGGAAGGGGGGGCGGACAGGACAAGAGAGACAGAUGGAUAAUCAAAUCCAGGGCAGACCUCAAUUUCAUUUCUAUUCUUUUGUUCCUCCCUUGAGACCUGCCGCCACCAGCAAAGAAACCAUUGUUGUGGUGUUUUUUUAAAGCUUGGGAAAUGCAUCAAGAUUUCUCUGUGCUUCAAAAGGAUGUUUAAGGCUACUUGAAAGAUGCAGAAAGAGGUGCUUCCUGACACAUACACCCACUCAAAAAACAAACAAACAAAAAAUCUCUGCUUGUUCCAGGUCUUAGAGCAGUUUUUUUUUUAAAACUGGUCCACACAGCCCUAAAGCCCCACAAGAAUUGAUGGGGUUUCGUGAGAAAUUAAAGUUAACUCAAACGUCGUAGUUUUCCAUCACUAGUUGUGCUUCUUGAUCAGGGCAAUCUGGGAUUUCUUAAACAAACAGGCUCUUUGAAAAGUUUGUAGCCCAGAAUAUACAGUAGGUUGCCCAAAAGGGAGUAACCAUUACAGGUGUCAUAUUUUGCCCUGUAGUAUCUAAGUUGUAUUUACACUUGUUUUACUUGGCUUUUGGGGAGGGAAGAAUUGCAGAGGCUGUCACUCGGUUUAAAAACAACAUAGUUGGUUUGUAUGUCUUUCAGUCCAUCCAACGGAAUAUAAGUAAUACUUGAUGAGAAAGGCAGAUUUGGGGUGGUUGACCCCUGCUACGUCAUCUAUCUUCUAAGGAUGUUCCCAACUCUGUUCUGUUCCCAACUUUUUAUCUUUCCGCAUAUAUUUCUAAACCAAGUCCUGAGUUGGAGCUAUUCAACAUUUUUAUUGCCCAAGAAUCCCUGUGAAUCCAGGAGAGACCCCAAAAGCAGUCAGGGUUCAUAUGUUGGGCUAACGCUGAGCCAUAAAACAGUUAAUCUGAGUUGGCCUUAGCAUGCUGCAGAAUCUAUCUGAUUGUGGCUUAUGGGUAGCCAGUACUUCAACUAAUCAUGGUGUGGAACAAACCAUGUUUGGGUGAAACUGCAGCAUUCCCAAUGUUUAUUUUUAAGAGCAGAGGCAGGCGGCUGGCCAAGAGCAUCACAUUGCUCACAUGUUGAAUUAAAUUGUAUAAUUCAUGUAGGACCAUUUACCCAUCUAGUUCAACGUAGAAGGGUAAAAUCUAUAUUUAACUGGCAGAAUUGUCCUAAGUCUUAGUUCCAUAUUUAUUUAUUGUUUCAAUUUCUAGGAGACCCACAUGCCAGGGGUUGUCAGUGGCAGAUAGAGAUUAUUUACUUACUGUCCUUUUAACUGGAGAUGUUGACCAAGCAUAGCAAUUUCCAAUGGGGGAAAAAAAUCUUGUCUUCAUCCACUGAAUUUCCAUUCUAUUUCCUCUUCUCACCCAAUAAUAUAAAGCAGCACAGCCAGUCAGGUUCUGCCACAAUCCUCUUAAAAGGAUGAAAUACCAUAAUCCUGCCGGAUCAGGGCUUCUCAAUUGCAGGGACUUGAAACAUCUGGGGAUAGAUUAAAGAAAUGCAGAGUCUGGGUUAUUUUUAUAACUGGGCAAAAGGAGGCACAUUUCUUGGCAUGCAGCCCUGCUAAGAAAAGCGUCAGCCUCUUUCUCCAGCUCUGCAAAAGGUUGGUUGCAUUAAUGGCUUUGCUCGCCCAUUGAGGUGGUUUUGGUGGAAAUCUAGACCUCUGUCUAAAGAUACUGUUUACAUCUCUAAACCUUGCACGUUGUAACCCAUGUCAAUAUCCAAAGCACCUCCUGGGCCCUCAGUCUUUUUUUCCCCUCUAUCCUUCCAACCUAGACACAAACGUUGUAUUUUUAGGAGCUUUAAUAAAUAGAAACAUUCUGGAGGAAUUUACAAGGAGAUUCCCUCAACCAGAUCACCGUGUUGUUUUUUUGUAAAGACUGCUAAACAUCACGUAGCCACAUUGUGAGGACAGUUCCCCAAAUCUCAACAGAUCAGGUGUUCUUGUCUUGCUCCUUCAAUCCCUGGACACUUCUCUGCAUGCUGCUGUAAGACUACGCCUUCCUCUUGCCUGAAUAUCCACUCAUAAAUUCUGCUGAUGUAAUUGAAACAAUGAAGAACACGGCUUGAUUUGUCUACGGAGGUUCUCAGUCAUCCAGCUCAUGGAUUAUCUCAAAAGGUGCUUAUUCAAGGAGCAGUUGGACUUUGUAUCUCCUUGACGUUUCGCUUCUCAUCCAGGAGGCUUCCUCCAUUCUGAAUGGCUUGAUUUGCAAUAUCAAAAAGCCGAGUGAUGCUAAAUUGCACGCAGGGGACCUUUUUAUAGACGCAACACCUUCAAAUAAAGAAAAUGCCUAUCCUGAAAUUGGUUUUCCUCCUGCUCCAAGGAACAUUGCCUGCCUUGGAUGAGCACCAGAAAUCUCUUCCGUCAGCAUCACGAGAGCCAACCAUUGGGGAGCCUUUGCCAGAGGGAUCAGAUGUGGUUCAUCCUCUCUGCCUCCCUCUGAGAUCUGCUUCUGGGGGUUUGUUAAUGGGGCACUGUUAGCCCUGACACCCGCUGCAUCCACAUGGCCAUGGAUGUGACUCAUCUGCCACAUGUGUUCUGGGCAUGCUGCCACUCCUGUGUCCAUUCAAGACACCCUUUGCUAAUUUAUUUUCAGCAAUGUAUGGCCCAUAAUAAUGAGCUGUCCUGCUGUCAACUCCACUAGACCUUCCCUGUGAUGGCUUCGCUCUGGAUGCUCUCACUGGGCUACCAAGAGGCUGUGGAACGUUGAAGCCCACCACCGACAACUGCUUUCUGCUGUCUCUGUUUUGACAAAAAUGAGCAAUCGUUCUUCACAAGAUUCAGAAGUGGGUUGAAGCUGAGAUGGCAAAAGUGUCCAGGAAGACAGGACCGGUACCUAUGAGAAUGCAUAAAGAGCAACAAGCCAAGAAUUAAAAUCCUGUCCUUGUUCCCUAUGGCCAAUUGCAUGAGAUGCAAUGGUGUUGGAAGGAGGUCUUGGGGACCCAAUCCUCAGCCCCUCACUGCUGCAGGCAACUCCUCCUUCCGAGGACGCAUCCUCCUUCUCCCCGCUGUGCUGCCCCUCCCUGGCGGGUGGAAGAGACAAAGUCCUCAGUCCGAUGGACGCCUUCUAUCAGAAUUGGAAGAGGUGGUGAACUCACCAAAACAGUGAGCAGCACCUGGAUGGAGGCUGGAAAAGGGUGUUUUCCUAAGAAAUAUCACACACAGCCUCAGCAACAACACCUGGAGGAAAAACAAAGGACGAAGCCACCCGCCAUCUCUCUACACUGCCUUCUCUUCUGUCUGCUUCUACCGUCUUUGUCAUCCUGCCUCAGUCCUGCCCCCACGCCCACUGACGCCAGUGGAGAAGUCAUUGAGUGGUUAAUACGUUAUGGAUACCUUCCAUCUGCUGAUUCUACUACAGGCCAACUACAGACAUGGGAAGAUGUGGCAACAGCCCUUCGUAUGAUGCAGCGUUUUGCUGGCAUUGCAGAAACUGGGAUUCUAGAUGAUGCCACGCUGAGUCUGAUCCGGAUGCCUCGCUGUGCCUUGCCUGAUAUUAUCCCACACAUCCCUCCAAAGCUUUCUUUGAAGGCAAGGACAAGGAAGAAGAGAUGGCAGAGGAGAAAAAGUCGGAAGAGACGCAGCGUUGAUUCAGUUUGGACUAAAAGAAACAUCUCCUGGAAGGUGAAGAGCUAUCCCCAAAGAGCCCGUCUCAGCCGAGAGACGAUGAGAGUAUUGAUCUAUUAUGCCCUAAAGGUUUGGAGUGAAGCUAUACCAUUAACCUUCCAUGAGGUUGGCGGCCACAAUGCUGACAUCUCUGUGGAGUUCCUCCAUUUGGAUCACCAUGACAACUAUCCGUUUGAUGGACCUGGUGGGAUGGUGGCCCAUGCUUUCUUUCCUGGAGACCCCCUGAGGGCUGGCACUGUCCAUUUUGAUGAGGAUGAAGAAUGGACUUUCCGCUCCCCAGAUGACUUUGGCACCGACCUUUUUGCUGUGGCCAUUCAUGAAUUUGGCCACAGCCUUGGCUUAACACAUUCAUCUUCCAAGCACUCUAUCAUGCGUCCAUAUUACCGGGGACCUGUAGGAGACCCAUUGCAAUACCAGUUGCACAUGGAGGAUCAUGCUGAAAUCCAGAAGCUUUACGGGAGUAAAGUUUUUCAGUCCACAGAGAAGCAUGAUGUAACGACCCCAUUGCCAGGCCUUCUCUCCUUAUCACAGAAUUUCCCUGCAGUCAGACCAGGAAAAGGAUUUCCUGACCGAUGUACCUCCAACAUCGAUGCUGUUGCUCAGAUCCGAGGAGAAACGUUCUUUUUCAAAGAUCAGUACUUCUGGCGCCUGUCCCAAAGCCGGCACCUCUCUUCUCCACAACCAGCUCUGAUCACUCGUUUCUGGCGAGGACUUCCUUCUACUCUCCGCAAAGUGGACGCUGUUUAUGAGAGACCUGCAGAUCAUCGCAUCCUCUUCUUCAGUGGACCUCUCUACUGGGUAUUUAAAGACAACAGUGUGGAGGAGGGCUACCCUCGCCCAGUCACAGACUUUGGCCUGCCCCAAGGGGGCAUCAGCGGUGCUUUCUCCUGGCCUUCAGACCAGAAAACCUAUUUCUUCAAGGGAGACCUUUUCUGGUGCUAUGAUGAGAUGACACAGCAUAUAGAGGACACCUCCCCUCUCCUCCGGGAAUCCUGGGAGCAGUUCUCCUCUUCUGUUGACUCUAUCUUGAGUGAAAGUGAUGGGACUUUUCUCAGUCUUCUGAAACUCUGCGUCAAUCUAUUGCUGCUGUCACUUCUCUGUCCUGCUGCAGGAACACUGUAUGUUUUUAAGGGCCAACAGUACUGGAAGUUUGGCCAGGACACCCUUCAACUCCAAGAUGGAUACCCUCGUUCCAUUGCCACCGAUUGGCUGGAUUGCACCACUGAGCCUCUAAGGACAAUGCCUACUAGCCCUUCGUUGGGCGUUAGACUUCCACCCAACUUCCGAGGGCCUCAACUGGAGGUUGAGGGACGUGUGUGUUUUUGUGCUGCUUUUUCUGCCAUUUCUUCCACCUUGCUCAAUAUUUUGCCCUGGGCUGUCUUGAUCUUGCAAGGACUUGCCUAGAGUGGAUGAGGAAUAUUGACCUUGGGUUGCCCUAUGUAUUUCUCUAUGACCUUGAUUUGAGGCACUAUCUCGGAGGAUCACACUGCACAUCUGCAGCUGGACAAAGAGAGCCCUCCUGAUGAAACUGAAAGUGACAAGCCCUUGAGGUGCAGGCUGAGGUUGCCCAUCCUUCAAGGUGUGGCGGCUUCACUUUGCUAGAAUGGAAGAGCAGCAAAGGCCUCCACACGGACCCAUCGGAACUUGUGCUUCAAAUAGCAACCUUUCUGUAAAAUGUUCAUAGGGAAAGUCAAGAUGUCAAGACUUGCGCGUGGAUUGGAUUUAAGUGAGGGAGAGGUGCGCAUACUCAGCCUCACUCUCUCUUCCCAGAUUCCAUCUUAUUCCAAUGGCAGGACAAAAGUCGAGACAAUUGGAGAUGAGCUGGGUGCAGAAGGACAAUCUUGGCACAAGAAAAGCGAGCACUCCGCAAAGCCAGAGCUGCAAAUGCUGAAUUAACACCGUCUACAUUUCUUUGUUCAGUAUGUGGCAGAACAUUCCGUGCUAACAUCGGUCUUAUUAGCCACCUACGGACACAUCGUUGAUGACCCAUAACACACAAGAUGUCAAGGUCUUCAUCGAAAUCGAUGGACGAACAACAACAUUUGUGUAAAAUAACAAGGAGCUGGAAGAUGGACACUAAGGGAAUCGGAACGUCCAAUCACAAGACAAAAAAAAAAAGCUUUCAUAGACUCUAGGAGGUGGAAAAUAAGGAGCUCUUUUGUUAAAGAAGGAACCAAAGAUAGGUCAAUUCUUUUUAUGUUGUAAAAGUUCUCCCUAGGCCAAAGAUGGUCUGGUGAAACAUGUUUAGUGAGAUCUGAUUUGCUGUUCCGGGAAGGAAGCAGUGAGUCUUCCCCCCUCCACCCCCCUUUUUUUAAAAGCAGGAAAGAGUUGCCGCUUUUGAUAAUGACUCCUUCAGGAUGCAAUCUUGCUUGUCAGGGCCUGUCAGCUAAUCAAAUGGCUUCACUGUAGCCUAUGAUGAUUGAAAGAUGAUGAAUGCCUGCAGGGUGGAUAAGAGCAUGGCUUUUGUUGUUUAAAGCAGGCAUGACAGAUGGAGCCAGAUCCAACCUACCAGGCAACUUUUGACAGAUCAUAGACUUGAAUGGCAACUUAACAUAUCGGAGACUAGACAAGUUUCGGUCCUUGCUUCCGGCAAAAAAGAUAGACUCCCUGUGGGACAUCUGCUUCCCUUGCUACUCAUCUUCCUUGUCCCACCCAGGGUGAUGGGGGUAUUCCCUGGUUUCCAGGUGGGGAGAAAGACACAAAAUCAGAGGUCAUGGGAAAAGGAGGAAAGUUAUUAAAGCCAGCAUGAAAUCA